AUGGCAGCAAUGGCUUGGAGGCUUCCCACCCAGCUGGCAACACCCGGUAAACUCCAUCAUCAUAAUGACUCCAAAACGACGGAGUAUCAGAGCUCAUUCUCAUGGUGCCGUACGUUAGCUGCCGACCAUCUCCUUCCUUCUUCUUCUUCCUUCUCCACCCGUAUAGGUUCGUCAGGGACACCUGUGAGGCCAACCAGUAUUCUAGUGGUUGGUGCCACUGGGACUUUGGGUAGGCAGAUUGUGAGAAGAGCAUUAGAUGAAGGCUAUGAUGUUAGGUGCCUGGUUAGGCCUAGACCAGCCCCUGCUGACUUCCUCAGAGAUUGGGGUGCUACUGUUGUCAAUACCUUAGCAAACCAGAGACCAUACCUUAGCAAACCAGAGACCAUACCUGCAACUUUGAUUGGUAUUCAUACUGUCAUUGAUUGUGCCACUGGCCGUCCGGAGGAGCCCAUCAAAACGGUAGAUUGGGAAGGAAAAGUUGCUCUUAUACAAUGUGCAAAAGUGAUGCAGGGCUGA